AUGCCGAUCACCGUUCCUGAAGAACCUCUCGAACUUCAUUUGAGACGUAAAAUCCUUUUGGCUUAUGAUAAUUCUGAAUAUAGCAAAGCCGUCUUCCAAUAUGCUUUGGAUAAUAUCUUUGUUCCUAACAAGGACCAUGUUGCUCUUGCUACCGUUGUUGACGAAGAACAAUCUAUGUGGUUAUUGACUCAUACCUCUAGAGCACAAAAUGCCGAAAACAUGAAAAGGAAUAGGCGUUUAUCGUUAACUGAACAUUCAGAAGCUUCUGAUAUCUUGAAACCAUUAUCAGAAGACCUAGCAAGUAAAGGAGUAAGAAACCGUGAUCCUAAAAUCCAAUUGGUCAAACUUUCUGAACACGCUCAUGUAGACUUGGUCAUUGUUGGCACACGAGGUCUUGGUUUACUUAAGCGUGGUCUUCUUGGGAGUGUUUCUGAAUAUAUCGUACGCCAUGCGGAAUGUUCCGUUCUUGUAGUCAAACAAAAACCUGAGAAACCUAGAAGUCGUCCGGAAUCUCCAUCAGGCACCAGUUUCUCAUCAACUGCCAGAAGAAGUCUUCAAGCACCGAUUUCUUUGUUCAGAACCUUAACUAAAUAA